AUGGCAUCUCAACCUCAGUCGUCACCAGUCCACGCGCCGCCGCAUGUCCUCAAGCUCCUAUCCGAACUGCACCAGAAAUCCAUACAACAAGAAGCAGCCAUCGAGGGAGGGAUCGGCAAGUAUGUGACGUCCGAGACCAAGGGCCAGACCGAAGCAGGCGGCAUUCCAGGGUACACCGACUUUGACCGUCUCAUGGUCGACAAGUUCAUCGCGCUGGACGAAGACAAGUGCCAGUUCAUGUACCAGUUGAUCCAGGCCAUGGGGGCCACCAACGUCGUCGAGGCCGGCACCAGCUUCGGAGUCAGCACGAUUUACCUUGCGCUGGCCGUCGCCCGGACCACGGCCGUCACUGGGAAGCAGGGGGUUGUGAUCGCCACCGAAAAGGAGACUUCCAAGGCCCAGGUGGCCCGGCAGUACUGGGCGCAGUGCGGCGACGAGGUGGAAAAGCAGAUUGAUUUGAGAGUAGGCGAUUUAAGGGAGACGUUGAAGGUCGAUCUACCUGCGGUUGAUCUCCUUCUUCUGGACAUCUGGACACCAAUGGUCCUCCCCACCUUGAAGACCGUCCUGCCACGUCUUCGACAUGGGGCCGUGGUGUUGGCCGACAACACGAUAUCGAGCGCGAAGGGGUACGAAGAGUUUUUGACCUUUGUGCGAAAUCCUGAGAACGGGUUCCGGACCAUGACAUUGCCGUUCAACAAUGGCUUUGAGAUGAGCGUUUACUUGCCAAAGUGA